UCAUGAGCGGUCUUUACCUGCCAUCAUCUCACAAGCACGCCAAGCGUUAGAGCGACCUAUUUUUAGGAUCGGCAUGUGAAUUUCAGCCGUGCCAGUGUCGGCUAGUAAAAAACUCAAACAGCCAGUUUCGCAAGACUCUUUUGAGGCCAACUUAGUAUCACCAAGAGCAUGCAUGGACCGGAUAAGAUGAUAAUCACUUGGAGCCAAGUCCGGACUAUACGGUGGGUGUAAUAGGACAUCCCAUCCGAGCUCCCGUAGUUUCUGGCGGUUCAGCAAAGAUGUGUGAGGCCGAGCGUUGUCCUGGUGGAAAACAACACCAUUCCUAUUGAUCAUUUCUGGCCGCUUCUGGCCAAUCGCCUGCUUCAAACGGUCAAGCUGCUCACAGUAGAGAACCGAAUUGAGGGUCUGGCCAUAGUUGAGCAGCUCAUAGUGGAUGAUUCCCUCCCAACCCCACCAAACACACAGCAAAACCUUCCUGGCCGUCAAUCCGGGCUUGGCGAUGGUUUGGACCGGCUCAUCGCGCUUCGACCACGACUUUUUUCGCUUUAGGUUAUCGUACGUGAUUCACUUUUCAUUACAUGUCAUCAUCUUCUUCAAAAAUGGGUCGAGUUCGUUCCGUUUCAGCAGUGCAUCGCAGGCGUUGAUUCGGUCUAAAAGAUUUUUUUGCGUCAACUCGUGUGGCACCCAUACAUCCAGCUUUUUUACAACCCAAUCUUCUGCAAAUGGUUCCAAGCGGUGUUAUAGUCUAUAUCCAGUUCCUGGCCAAUCGAGCGAGUGUUCACAUGCCGGUCUACUUGGAUGAUUUCAACGAUUUUAUCGGUUUCCACGACGAUUGGCCUACCAGUACGGGGUGUAUCUUCGACAGCCACUACACCAGAACGAAAUCGAUCAAACCAACGUUGUGCUGUGCGAAUCGUUACAGUAUCGAGUCCAUAAACUACACGAAUUUUUUCGGCCGCCUUCGUUGCAGUUUUACCUCGCAGGUAGUUAAAACGUAAAAUAUGGCGAAUUUCUUGCUUGGUGGACUCCAUCUUUGACGCGCUAUAACUUAAGACUGAAAAGGACAAUCACAACACUGUCAAAACGACACUUGUAGCACAGAUUGUCGUCUUUAAAUAGCCGUAUAGUAUGACCCGAUGCGAUAAGUAUAACACAAGAUAUGUUGAGGUGUUGCCAUAUAUUGACAAUAUACGACAUUUCUUAAAUAUUCCCCAACCCAAUAUUUUCAUCAGUGUUCCCAAGGCGCGGUGUGACAACCACAACUUUGCAUGUGGUGAACAAAAUCUUCCCGUGAACUUUUGCCGAUUUUCUUGCAUAUCGACCGGAAUUUUACUGAUAACUGCAAAACUAAGGGGUUAUUUUCGGUCAAGUAUGAAAACAGUAACGCAAGUUUCAAAGUGUCGGAAUAAACAUUGACUCACCCACUCGAUCCAUGACUCACUUUAGUGGUAUUUCUUGAAGGCUUUCCGAUCGAUCAUUCAAUUUCCGCGCAUUGUUUCCGGUUUAAAAGUGGCGUCAACGUGCAGCUCAUUUCAAGGCGGUAGUUUGUGUGAAGAAGGUAUUUUACUGCGGUGAGAUCUUUGUUUUUCGGUUGAAAAUUGAAGCUAAAAAUUGGUUUCGAUGGGGUUGACUCCGCCGCCAUCACACAAUAGAUUCGGUUUGUAUUUUCUACUAACAUUCUACAUUGUUGGUACAUAGUAUUAUUUGUGAAUUAUUUCUUUGGUAAUAAUAUUUUUGGAAGCGUGGAGACGUAAAAUACGCUUUGGUCGUUAAUGCGGCUAUAUUUAAUAAGAUUUAAUAUGUAAAUUUAAUAUGCUGUCCACAAGUAUCCCAAGGUCCUUCACUGUGCUUGUACGUUUCAAAAUUGUUUUCCAUUCUGUAGUUGAAAAAAAUAAUAGAAGGCUGUGUCCAAGACACGACCACUUUGUUGACGUAGAACUACGCUGUUAUUUUGUUAAAGUUGCUUGUUAAUAACUUCGGAUUUUAUUUUACACACACACACACACUUAUCCCCGCUUUGCGCUCUUCUCAACAGAAGCUCUUUCUAUUAUAAUUUCCGGUUUCGACUAGCUUUGCUGUUAUUCUUGGUGCAGCUAGUUUUGCUACUGUCAUGCGAAACCAAAUGACACACAAAAUUCCUAAAAAAUAAUUUCUUAAUGAGCCGAUUAUAUCCUAGAUAUCCCCACACUGUUUGAUGUAAUGAUUGCAAUGCCAGACACAUCCACGAGUAAGUAAUUUGGUCGCGUCCACAGCUCAAUCCGAAACGACGACAUGUGAUGACGCAAAACAAGGAAGAACAAGCGAUAUUCAUUGCUUCGUAUCUAAAAUGAUUAAAUUUUCAUUUUUCAAUUUUCCGCAAUUGUUUUGUUUGAAUUAGUGAAAUCAUCGUUAUUUUUUCGACACUGAUGCCAAACAACAUCAUCGAAACAGCUAUAAAAACCACUCAAUGAAAUGUUAUUCCUGAGUCAUAGCGUUUCAUGGCAUGAAAAUCAAUAAAAUAAAAUUGUGAAUUCUAGCAACUUUAACAUUGGUCAAGAAAAUUGUAUUGCAGAGCUCGGAACACUGCCACGGCAGACUCUGGUGUAAAAAAUAGUAAACGGAAAAAUAUUACAUCCAAUCAAAAUGUCUCGGCCAACGAAGAGAAGGGUUAUAGCUCUCCAACGUGAAUAUGUGAAAAAAAUACGAUCAACGAAGGAAAAUAUUAAGGAAUUAUCAACAUCGAGUUACUGUGCAGAAGAACUUGUUAAUAACAAAAAGAGCCCCAAUUCGCAUGUGUUAUAAAUUUGCUCAUGUUGCGCUCGCGUAUAAUCAGAAUUUUACUUCAUAUGCAAAUACACUUUCUAUAUUUAUUUAUAUUUGCAAUUGUUCAUCGGAACACAUCCUUCAUACAUUUUACUUAAAUAUUGAAUUCUCGCGUAACUUUUGAAAAGGUCCUAUGUAACAAAUGUAAACAAAUCGAGUUAAUGGAUGCACGCUAUUAGUUUUUAAUCAUUGAAUGUAUUACAAAAACAAUCGUUCACGUAUCUAUCUUCUUCAUAUUUUUGUCGCCGAUACAAAAAAUAUCCAAUGUACAGAUUCGGAUUUUAAGCACCCGGCUGUUACUUCGGACGCCACUUUCCUCCGACGGCCGAAACGUCCGAAGUAACAAAGCAUUCAAAAGAACUCGCAGUCGUACUUCGGUCGUUUUGGAAUUUGUUUCUUACAGGUGCUGUUAUCGAUUUCAGUGCAAUUCAACGAGUGAAAACAAUAAUAAUCAGUCUUUAGAACGAAAUGCUGAUAUUUGGAUUGUUAUUUAUUAGUUAGUUUCAAAUUCUUAUAGUGCAACGUAACAUGUCCAAUGUGCAAACGCGGGCAGUCAAAACGUCCAAUGUAACAUUUUUCGCUCCGAGGCUUCAACCUUAAUCUCAAAUCACGGAACAACAGUUACGAUUGGUCUUACGGAGUUAUUCUUGACAGCUAGUGGUGAAAACAGUGAUAAAGAUCGAUAGCUUUUAAAACAAUUCGCGAAAUAAUGUUCGGGUCUUCAACUUCGUUUUUCUCGAGUUGGCGAAAAUGUUACAUUGGACCUUUUCAAAAGUUACGCGAGAUUUGUAAUUUUUUUUCAACUGUAUUCUAAGACUCGUGUCAGUGAAGCGCCACACAGUCUGAUAAGUUAAUUGAUCUAUUUAAGUUACAAAACGGUGUGCUUUGCUCUUCUCUCACAAACACUAUUACCCCAUUUUUACACGUGGUUUUACCUAUACUACUACAAUGGCUUCCCUUCCACCUUCACCUUAAAUCACUCCCGUUCGUCUUCUUCUUCUUUUCGUUUGUCUAUGGAGACUUCAAAUCCAACGAUUCAUUCGUCUCCGAUAUCUCCCCUUCGUUGAUCGCCGGUAAGUUGCUCAUAAGUGACGGCAUGGGUCUGUCUGAUUCUUAUGGACUCGAAAACUACUGAAUCGAUAUACGAAAACUGGUAUGUAGAUGUUUUGGAACCGGGGAAGGUUUUAAUGAUAGUUUGAGACCGCUCUCUCUAUCUAACGGGGGGCCGCCAUACAAGUGAAACACAAAUUUCUGUAUUACUCGAGAAUUAAUCAAGCAAUUGAAAACAAAUAAGAUAUAUGGAGGUUUGAGGGUGCAAUAAAUGUUUCUAUGGUGAUUAGACACCCCAUCUUCCUCUCUAAGGGGGGGAGGGGUGGUCGCAAUACAAAUGAAAUACAAAUUUCUUCAUUACUCGAGAAUUAAUCAAGCAAACGAAACCAAAUUUGGCAUGUGAAGGUUUUAGGGUGCAAUUUUUUUUCUCUAUUAUAGUGACUUUCAACACAUUUCGGCUGGUUCGUCACUUUUACUUCCAUUUUUGGAAGAAUGUCGGGAGUGAGAAUUGAACUCGUGAUCUCUGCGUGAGAGGUAUGGAUGUUACCACUACGCCAGAUCGCCUCCACCUUUAGGGUGCAAUAAAUGAUUCUAUGGUAGUUAGAUACUCCUCCUCCGUCUCUUAGGGGAAGGGGGGGGGGUGUUUGCCAUACAAAUGAAACACAAAUUUCUGCAUUACUGGAGAAUUAAUCAAGCAAAGGAAACCAAAUUAGGUAUAUGAAGGUUUUAGGGCGCAAUAAAUGUUUUCACGGUGGUUAGACACUCCAUCCCCUUCUCUAAGGGGAAUCUGCCAUACAAAUGAAAGACAAAUUUCUGCAUUACUCGAAAACUAAUAGAAUGGAGCCAAAUUUGGCAUGUUAAGAUUUCAGAGGGCACGAAACAUUUCUAUGGUGAAUAGACACUCCUCCUCUCUAAGGGGUGAAGAGGGGAGGGGUCUGUCUUUAUUCUAUCAAAUUUUCUGUAUCAAACAUUUAUUCAAUGUAACGGAGAAACAUGUUAUUUGAAAGUGGUUAAAAAAUCUUGAACGAGAAUUGUGUCUGAAAAUAAUCUGAUAUUAUAAUGAUGAGUUUUGAUAGAAGUACUAGGAAUUUUUUAGUAAAAGGUAAAUUCAACGGGGUUGAUUAAAAAAUCAAUCAAUGAACAGUUCUGCGAUUGGACUCAUGAACUUGCGCUUAGUAAGAAAACGUGAAUGUUUGAAGGUAUUGAUAACAAAUCAAAUUUUGGGCGGGACGAAGUUUGCCGGGUCAGCUUAUCUUAGCUUAUCUUAUCUUAGGAACUUGCCGAUUCGUUCGGUAUGUAAAUCGUCUAAAUGCAUUCGCGGCAAAAAUAGGUAUUACCGUUAACUUUGUUUCAUAAAAACGUGACCAGUUUUCUGAUUUGACACUUAGAAAAAGAAAGCACGUAGAAAGACGUAGUUCUACGUCAAAAAUACAGAAUACGAGAACGACUGAAGAGAUCACAGAGCAUGAAAUGGACGAAACUUUCAAUUUAAAGCUGCAAGCAACCUUUCGCAUGCGAAAUGAAACUCUUUGAAGAUGAUAAUGAAUAUAGCCAAUUUAACAAUUGCAAUCGUCAACUACUUGGUUGGUAAAUGACUGGACUAAGCGUACCAUCGGUACUUCGCGUACCUGCAGGCAUAAAAUAGACCCCAUUCGUGGUCCUUAGCUUCCUGUCCAGUAACUCCUAUCCUUACCUCCCCGUGGUACCGGCUGGGGUACGAGUAACCAUAGUGAAGAUCGGGUAACCAACCCCGGUGGGAUCUUGGUCGUAUGCUGACAGGGAAGGGGGCCUAUGCGAGCGUGUGUUCACCAUGGAGGUGCGGCUCAAAACAGCGUCUGAUCCCCAUGUUAGGGGCGGCUGAUCACUGUCUUCGUGCCAGCGGGGACUCUAAAAAGAGCUGUGCACGACGGUCCUCUGGCGAGACAGGGGGUUGGUGCAGGCCCUGCAAGCCAUCCGUAAAAAUAAAACGCACAGGAAAAUUCACAAAGAAAUUCGAGACAGGACAAUCGGACUAGACCUACGCAAAGAACACGGACUAGAGAUUGGAAACUCGGAACAUGGAACUGCAAGUCUCUCAAUUUUCUUGCGAGUACCCAAAUUCUUUCGGAAAUAUUGAGAGCCCGCAAUUUCAACAUCGUAGCGCUGCAGGAGGUGUGCUGGAAAGGUUCGAUGGUGCGAUCAUUCCAUGGUGGAUAUACCACCUAUCAGAGCUGCGGCAGCACACACGAGCUGGGUACAGCUUUCAUCGUGAUGGGGGAGAUGCAAAAAAAUUGGUUGGUGGCCGAUCAAUGAAAGAAUGCGCAGAUUGAGGAUGAGAGGCCACUUCUUCAAUACUUCUUCAAUAUCAUCAUUAUCAGCCGAACGUUGCUGCAACAUUCUCGCAGCGUCUUGAAGCUGCGUUACCGGGGGUAGACGAACUGGAUGCUGUUCCCCUCGAUGAAUGCUGGAACUCCUUAAAAUCAGCAAUUAGCAGCACAGCAGAGACCGUAAUCGGGUAUGAACAACGAGGACAACGGAACGAAUGGUUUGACGACGAGUGCCGAGCGCUCCUGAACGAGAAGGAUGCAGCACGCGCAGCCAUGCUGCAACGAGCGACUCGACAAAACGUGGAACGAUACAGACUGAAACGAAGGCAGCAAACACAUCUCUUUUGGGAAAAAAAGCGCCGCCUGGAAGAGAAAGAGUGUGAGGAGAUGGAGCUGCUUUAUCGUUCUCGAGAAUCGCGGAAGUUCUUCAAGAAACUUAACGCCUCGCACAAAGGCUUUGUGCCGCGGGCCGAAAUGUGCAGAAACAAGGAAGGAGGCAUCUUGACGAACGAACGCGAGGUGAUCGAAAGGUGGAGGCAGCACUACGAUGAACACCUGAACAGCGCGCAGACAGGAGACCUAGACGGCGUUGAGGAGGUCUACACCGGUGCAAUGAACAACGACGACGUACCACCCCCGACGAUGGGUGAAGUUAAGGAGGCCAUUAAUCAGCUCAAGAACCACAAAGCAGCUGGUAAGGAUGGCCUCGUAGCGGAGCUCUUCAAGGGAGGUCCGAGAAAACUUGUAGAGUGUAUGCACCGGUUGAUAGUCAGAAUCUGGGACACAGAACAGCUACCGGAGGAGUGGAAGGACGGGGUAAUCUGCCCCAUCUAUAAAAAAGGCGACAAGUUGGAUUGUGGGAACUAUCGUGCCAUCACAAUCCUGAAUUGUGCCUACAAAAUUUUGUCUCAGAUCCUCUUCCGCCGCCUAUCGCCAAUAGUAAGUAGAUUUGUGGGAAGUUAUCAGGCCAGAUUCAUGCCCGGUUGCUCGACGACGGACCAGAUUUUUACACUGCGGCAGAUCCUCCAAAAGUGCCGCGAGUAUCAGGUCCCUACACACCACAUCUUUGUCGACUUCAAGGCCGCAUAUGAUACAAUCGACCGACGACAGCUAUGGAGGAUCAUGGACGAACACGGCUUUCCCCGAAAGCUGACAAGACUGAUUCAGGCAACGAUGAACGGUGUGCGGUGCAGUGUGCGGAUCUCAGGUGAGCUGUCGGAAUCAUUUGAGACUCACAGGGGACUUCGACAAGGCGAUGGAAUCUCCUGUCUGCUCUUCAACGUGGCGCUGGAAGGUGUUAUGCGGAGAGCGGGCUUCAACAUGUGGGGCACAUAA